ACGGUGACGGAAGCGCAGCGAGGAGUUGUGUUUAUAAAGUCCUGCCCGGCAGCGACAUACAUACCGGUGUGAUGUUCUGGUUUUGUUGUCUAAGACAGUGUUCGCGUUGAGUUUGUCAAGUCGAGUGUUAUUAGAAACUCAGGCAGGCGUCGCUUUCGAAGAGACGGGUAGUAUUACGACAUAAAACCGAGCUUCCUGAACUCUAACAACGCUAAGCAGGACAUUUCUGGUUCACAUCUGGUUGAAAACUUAACAAGACUUUCCUGAGAUGUCUCUGCAGGACCAGAGCCAGCAGUGGUAUCCCACGAGUGUGCAGGUGACCGUGCACCAGGCUCGGAACCUCCGUGUCAAGGGCAAAGAUGGCACCAACGACGCAUAUGCCAUCAUCCAGGUGGCCAAGGACAAGUUCUCCACCUCGGUGUCGGAGAAGUGCGUGGCCCCGGUGUGGAAGGAGGAGGCGUCGUUCCAGCUGCCGCUCUUCCACCCGGGGAACGCGGACCGCUGCACGCUCAACGUCAUCGUCAUGCACCGGGCUCAGGUGGGACUGGACAAGUUCCUGGGCCAGGCUGUCGUAAACCUGCUGCAGCUGCACGGCAACAAGUCUCGCAAAAAGACAGAGUGGUUCAAGCUAGUGGACAAGUCUGGAAAGGAGGACAAAGUGCGAGGGGAGGUGCUGCUAGAUAUCCACUUCAUGAGGAACAACAUGUCAGCAAGCAUGUUUGACCUUUCAAUGCAGGACAAACCGCGCUCUCGCAUCUCCAAGCUAAAGGACAAAGUCCGUGGGAAGAAAAAGGAUGGCUUCUCCGAUUCUGUCUCGGCUAUUGUCCCAUCUGUCAGCCAGGUUCUCACAGACAGUGAGGAAGAAGCUGAUGCACAGUCACUCAAUCUCGCUCCUGGAGGAAAAAAGAAAUCAAAGCUUAAAUCCCUCUUUGCCCCCAAGAGCAACUUGCAGCGUAACAUCUCGCAGUCCAUGUCUACACUUGGGACACUUCCUGAAAAGAAUUCAUCUCUCAGCAGCAGCCGCUCAUCUGGCCUCAAUGCAGAUUCCCCUGAAGUUAAAAAGAAAUUCAAAUUUCUGGGACACAAGCGAACAGGCAGCUCUGACAGUAAAAUGUCUCUAGGUGCUUUCUCCCUACUCGGUCGCUCCAAGCAGAGCAACAGUGAUGCAAAUAAUCUCUGCAUAAAUGGAAGCCAUGUGUACGCUGAGGAAGCAGACACCAAGAAUGGAUCCACGCAUAGUCUGAACAGCUCAGGCCAAGGCUCAAUGGAGGAUGUCCGCAAACACACCUCUGAUGCCUCGGCAGAUUCCUUUAAAAGCAUACCAGUCCCCUCAUACAGGCCAGAAUCAACAGAUAAACUUUCAAUGGAGCAACAGCGCCAUCAAGAGGAGGAGCAAAGAAGGCAGGCGGACGAAAAGCGCACUGCUGAAGCAAGAAGGUUGGAAGAAGAAGAGAGACACAGAGCAGAGGCCAAGAGGCUGCAGGAGGAAGACCAGCGCAGGCAACAAGAGGACCAAGAGAGGAGGAGACGCUUACUCGAGGAUGAAGCAAGGAAGAAGAAACAGGAGGAGGAGGAGCUGAGAAAGCAAGAAGACGAGUGCAGGAUGCAGGAAGCAGCUGAAAAUCAAAGGCUUGAAGAGGAGCGUCAAAGAGUCGAGGAGCAGAAGCGUCAAGAGGAGGCCUCCAUGAGCGAGAGGCUGUCCUCUCUGUUUGGAAUGAUCAGAAAGAAGGAAGAGAAAAAGGAGGAGGUACUACAACAAACUACAGAGGAACAGCUACCCACCCCGGCCCCUUCCAGUGACCAGCCUGUAUCCCACUCGACAAACCCGUUUGAAGACGUUCCCCUCAGCUCAGAUCCCCCGAUCGCCAGUAAUGAAAGUCCAGCCGAUCAGCAGAAACUCAGCCGCAACCCGCAGACGCCUGCUGCCACGUUCUUCCUCAACCGCACAGCUAAGGUGUCUGCAGUCAAACCCAGACUGCCUCAAACUUCAGAGUCUGAACCCGCUGAAUCUCAUGCUGGUAGUCAGCGUUGUCCUUCCCCAACCAUCUCUGAGUCUAUCCACUCUAGUGCUCCAUCUGAGUCCCCUGAUACUUUCUCCAACCUACACUCAUCAUUGGCUCCUUCAAACAUUCGCCGAAGUUUGUCGAGUUCCUCUCGUGGCAGUACAGAGAAUUUGUCUUCUGUGGGAGCUGGAGGAUCUUCACCCACCAUGGCACAUCAGAAGAGAAGAGCCCCCCUUCCACCUUCAUCUGCUGAGCGUCCAGGGACCCCAACUGGAGGAUAUCAGGUCACUGAUGGAGAGCUCAAAAACCCUGCAGAUGGAACACAAAAAGGAAAAAAGUUAUCUCUACCACUUCCUGAUUAUGAAACCCUCUUUCCUCAGAAGAGGCAUGGGGUGCAGGCUCACAGUAAAUGGGAACAUAUAAUUGCUGAAGUCAAUCAAAGACACAGGGACACUACACCUGAACUUUUGGGUCCUGAGGUCAGUGUGGACGGCCCGGCAGAGCAUGAACUGGAUACUAGGUCUAGCGUAUUACAGGAAAACCCUGCGACGAGAAAAUAUCAGGAGACUAAACCUGCAUCAUCAAAAAAAGCACUGGCCCCUGCUCCCCCUAAACCAGUAUCUUCUCAAAAACAAAGCCAGAACACAGCCGCCCAUUCUGUUAUAGGGCCUAAUCCAUCAGCAAUCCUCUCAAAAGGAAAAACUGACCCCUCAAUCAACAGGAUGUCCAUCCACGGAGAUGGGAAGAUGGUGCAUCCUUCACCUGCAGCAACAUCGGCACCAACACAAACCAGCCAGAUUACAAUUGAUAGAAGUCCAUUGGAUGAUCAAAGGACAAUGCAAGCCACCUCAAACAAGGAAGUCCCCACAGCUAAACCCAGACAAAGACUUAGUGGAAUACAGGAAGCUCAGAAAAAUGAAUCUGCUUUAAAAAGUAAUGCCCAGACACUGUCCAGUGUGAGCAGUGUGGAUAAAAAUGAAGAUAAAAGCUUCACAAAGUUUGGUCCAUCUCCCAGUAGCAAGGUUCUUUCCACAAACCCACGGGAUCUGGGGAGGCAGAACCAAGAAGCAGAUGGCCUUUUUACUGGUAAUUUGCAGAAAGAGCAGAAACCUGAUGAUUAUGGAAUGACGAAGGACGAUCUUGAUAAAAUCUUCAGUGACGAAAAACCAGCUGGUUCCUUUGCUCGUUCGAAUAGCAGCAGUUUCAAGAAACGGAGCGACUACAGGAAAAAAGACAACAAUUCAGAGGAAGUUAGUCCCACUUUUCAAAGAAGAAAUUCACAAAGAGGAAAAAAGACUUUUCCAUCCCCAAUUUCCUCAGAUAAUAAGAUUUUCACAUCUCAGCAAGAACCAGCAUAUAAAGAGAAAACAUCCUUACCCACAACCGAUCAAGGCUUCUCUGUUAGAGAUGUCACCAACGCGUCUGUCACAUUACAGCCUCAUGCCGCUGUGAAAACUCAAAACAGAUUUCCUGCAGGAGAGGAUCCAUUUGGAGUUGGACAUUUACAUGUGUCUUCAGCUUUGGCUUCCCCUGAGCCCCUCCAUAUAGUGAUGGAGGAACCACCAUCUCAGGCAGGAAAUGUGUCUGGAGGAAAGACACCUUUGAGAGCAUGGGUCUCCCCCUCAGAAGGUCAGCCCGUCAGUUCUCAGAAUAGCAAUGGAGGUGGGCUAGCCUCAACUCCACGCAGGCCACAUCCUGUGAAGCCCAUGAGUGCGACUGAGAGCCAGCAUCCCAGCAACACCCCUGCUGCGAAGGAGAUAAAGGUGCGAGACAGCACACCUGGGAUAACCAAGUUCGUAGACUCGACGGGGAGUGGUCCUUACAGCCAGCUGACACAAGAAGAGCUGAUCACGCUGGUGGUGAAGCAGCAAACAGACCUGUCUAGGAAGGACGCCAAGAUUGUUGAGCUUGAAGAAUACAUAGACAAUCUACUGGUGCGUGUCAUAGAUGAGAAACCUGCUAUUCUGCAAGCCCUCAACCUUGCCAAGCCAGUGUGAGGGAACGUUUACUGGAGGCAGAGAGCCCCUCUCAAGGGCUCACUUAGGUCUCGCCUGUGUAUUCACUGUCUCCUGAGAGGAAAUACUACUGUCAACGGUUUGGAGUACAUGCACUUUUUGUUUCAGAGUCAAAAAGUUUGAGAAUGCUGGAAAAAUGUCUCUGAAUUAAGGAUGUUAAAUGAUUUAAAAAAAAAAAAAAGAAGUGAUCAAUCUUUAUAUAUGCAAAUGAAUGUAUUUGGCUUGACACUAAGGUACUGCAGUUUAGUACAAAACACUUUGCCUACUUAUAUAUAUUAAGAAUGUUAACUUGUAUGCCAUACUUGAUCAUCUCUAUUGAACUUUAUUUAAAAAUCCUUAACAUACAGAAAGGACUUUUUUUUUGUCAUCACUGCCUGAUUAAUCAUCUAACCUCAAACAGCUUUUUCCCGUCUGUGUUUGUCACUUUACACCACUAAAGCCUCCGUUUCUAUUGUCUUUUAUUGUCCUUUUGAUAAUCAGUUUCUUCUUUCCUGUCUCUCUAAGCAGUUAACAUAAAUGUUCCUUCUGUACUCACCACAGGAAGGUCACUGUCAUUCAGUCUUUUCUAAGAUAAUGUUCCCCUUUUUUCUGCAAGAACCUGUUAUUUCUGAAAACCAGCAGUGACUAAAAGCAAGCAGCUAUUCCUCUAUGCAUUGAACAGAGUUUCAGUUAUAUAGUAGUUGCCUUAGAUUAUUCCUUCACGUGGUGAUGUAGCCUCUGCACAUAACGAAGCAAUAGUACACAAUCCAGCUCUUCUACUAUUGAUGCAAGAAUUUGAUCACUGUGAUGUGUUGCAAAAUGUAUGGAAUGAAAACCAGGUGUAAUCAACUGCUUGUCAUGAAAGAAACCUUAAUAAUCAAACUUGUUUAUGUAUUUGUACUUUAAUGAAUGCCUUUGAAAACAAACGGGUUGAUAUCUUGGCUGAGGUAAAAGCAAUGUUCCUCUUCAGAACCUACAGAACUGUGCCUUCAAACUGCGUGUCAUGACAUUUAAGAAAAGAUUACUAAGAAGAGAAUUACCAGCUCUUCUUUUCCUGCAGUGAGGGUUGAAUGAAUGUAGACUGAUCUAUCAAGUGUUUGGAAAUAACACUACAGCUGAUGUAAAUGUCUGAGAGAUGUGAUGUGCAAGAGUUUGGUUUUAAUUGAAAUAAAGUUAUAGCUAUGCACCAGGUUGAUUUUAUCUUAAAUUAUUUACUUAUUCAAUAGUAUGAAAGAUAUAUUUCAUUUAUCUGAAUAAAAUAUAUAUCCAAAUGCUGUAAAUUGUCUCAU